AUGCAGUCAUUCAUCCUUCUCGCCGCCGGGUUGGCGACCGCGGCCCACGCCUUCACCCAACCCAAAGAUCAGACAUGGGGCGCGCUGCUGACUCCAGACACGUCCAACUCCGUCACCCAGGGCAAAGACUUCAGCGUGACCUGGGACCCGUCGAGCCAUGCAACCGACGGCGUGACAGUCAGUCUCGUGCUCUGCCACGGGCCCGGCUCCAACUGCGUCCUCUCCGACAGUGCCAUUGCCGAAGGGCUCCCCGCGUCGCAAAAGUCCUUUGACUGGAAAGUCCCCUGCGACCUUGCGCCCGGCAAGCAGUCGACCAGCACGGGCUACGGCAUGCUGAUCAUUGUCGACGGCACGGGUGAAUUCCAAUACUCGACUCAAUUCUCGGUGCUCGAGAACGACGAGUGCGCGAGCUCCGACUCCCCGUCGUCGCCUCCUACCUCACUUCCCAUCUCGGGCUCUGCCUCUGCCUCUCUUUCCGCCACCACGACCGUCCCCGUGAGCGGAGGCGGCUCGAUCGUGCUCGGACCCCCGGCAUAUCAAACCGGCUCGUACACCUGGGCCACGUCUGGCAACUGGACCACCACCACCGCGAGCCCGACGGCCAGCACCUGGGCCGAGUUGCCGGGGACGACGGUCAUCGUCUCCACCUCCGGUUCCGUGGUCUACACCUAUGACGGCAAUUCGUGGGCCGCGGGCGCCACCACCACCGCGGCUGUGACGGCGAGCACCCUCAGCACGGUGGCUGCAGAAACGACCGGUGUCUCUGCGACUGCCACGGGUCCAGCUGCAAGUACGUCCCCCUUCGCUGGCGGCGCCGCUCAGCUGGGAUCCAGCCUUGCCGGUAUGGUGAUUGCGGGCGCUGUUGCCGUGUUUGCGUUGUGA